AUGGAGCCCCGCAGCAUGGAGUACUUCAGCGCCCAGGUGCAGCAGAAGGACGUCGGCGGCCGCCUGCAGGUCGGCCAGGAGCUGCUGCUCUACCUCGGCGCGCCCGGCGCCAUCCCGGAUCUGGAGGAGGACCUGGCCCGUCUGAGCAAGACGGUCGACGCUCUCACCGGCUGGGUGGGCUCGAGCAACUACCGGGUGUCAUUAAUGGGAUUGGAAAUUUUAAGUGCCUUUGUGGACAGAUUAUCAACACGAUUUAAGUCCUAUGUAGCAAUGGUUAUUGUAGCUUUAGUAGACAGAAUGGGAGAUGCCAAAGACAAGGUUCGAGAUGAAGCUCAGACUCUGAUACUGAAGUUAAUGGAUCAAGUAGCACCACCUAUGUACAUUUGGGAACAGUUGGCUUCUGGUUUUAAGCACAAGAAUUUUCGAUCUCGAGAAGGCGUGUGUCUGUGUCUUAUUGAAACAUUAAACAUUUUUGGGGCUCAACCACUAGUCCUCAGCAAGUUGGUACCACAUUUGUGUAUCCUGUUUGGAGAUUCCAACAGUCAGGUUAGAGAUGCUGCAAUAUUGGCUAUGGUGGAGAUUUAUAGACAUGUGGGAGAGAAAGUGAGAGUGGACCUUUAUAAGAGAGGAAUUCCCCCUGCUAGAUUAGAAAUGAUACUUGCCAAAUUUGAUGAAGUGCAAAAUUCCGGCAGUAUGAUUUUGAGUGCCUGCAAAGAUAAAAGCUUUGAUGAUGAAGAAUCAGUGGAUGGAAAUAGGCCAUCAUCAGCUGCUUCGGCCUUCAAGGUUCCUGCACCUAAAACAUCCGGAAAUCCUGUCAACAGUGCAAGGAAGCCUGGUUCAGCAGGUGGCCCUAAGGUUGGAGGUGCUUCUAAGGAAGGAGGUGCCGGAGCAGUUGAUGAAGAUGAUUUUAUAAAAGCUUUUACAGAUGUCCCUUCUGUUCAGAUCUAUUCUAGUCGAGAACUUGAAGAAACAUUAAAUAAAAUCAGGGAAAUUUUGUCAGAUGACAAACACGACUGGGAUCAGCGUGCCAAUGCACUAAAGAAAAUUCGAUCAUUGCUUGUUGCUGGAGCUGCACAAUAUGAUUGCUUUUUCCAGCAUUUACGCUUGUUGGAUGGAGCACUUAAACUUUCAGCUAAGGAUCUUAGAUCCCAAGUGGUUAGAGAAGCUUGCAUUACUGUAGCCCAUCUUUCGACAGUUUUGGGAAACAAGUUUGAUCAUGGCGCUGAAGCCAUUGUACCUACGCUUUUUAAUCUCGUCCCCAAUAGUGCAAAAGUCAUGGCGACUUCUGGAUGUGCAGCAAUCAGAUUCAUAAUUCGGCAUACUCAUGUACCCAGACUUAUACCUUUAAUAACAAGCAAUUGCACAUCGAAAUCAGUUCCUGUAAGGAGGCGUUCAUUUGAAUUUUUAGAUUUAUUAUUACAGGAGUGGCAGACUCACUCAUUGGAAAGGCAUGCAGCUGUCUUGGUUGAAACUAUUAAAAAGGGAAUUCAUGAUGCUGAUGCUGAGGCCAGAGUGGAGGCAAGAAAGACAUAUAUGGGUCUUAGAAACCACUUCCCUGGUGAAGCUGAAACACUGUAUAAUUCCCUCGAGCCGUCAUAUCAGAAGAGUCUUCAGACUUACUUAAAGAGUUCUGGCAGCGUAGCAUCUCUUCCACAAUCAGACAGAUCAUCAUCUAGCUCCCAAGAAAGCCUCAAUCGCCCUUUUUCUGCAAAAUGGUCUACAGCAAACCCAUCUGCUGUGGCUGGAAGAGUAUCAGCAAGCAGCAGCAAAGCCAGUUCUCUUCCUGGAAGCCUGCAGCGUUCACGAAGUGACAUCGAUGUGAAUGCUGCUGCCGGCGCCAAGGCACAUCACGCUGCUGGACAGGCUGUGCGAAGUGGGCGGUUAGGUGCAGGGGCCCUGAAUCCAGGUUCCUAUGCAUCACUAGAGGAUACUUCUGACAAGAUGGAUGGAACAGCAUCUGAAGAUGGCCGGGUGAGAGCAAAGCUUUCAGCACCACUUGCUAGUAUGGGAAAUGCCAAGACAGAUUCCCGAGGAAGAAGUCGAACAAAGAUGGUGUCUCAGUCACAGCCUGGCAGCCGGUCUGGGUCUCCAGGAAGAGUUCUGACCACAACAGCCCUCUCCACGGUGAGCUCUGGCGUUCAGAGAGUCCUGGUUAACUCCGCCUCCGCGCAGAAGAGAAGCAAGAUCCCCCGGAGCCAGGGCUGCAGCAGAGAGGCCAGUCCGUCCCGGCUGUCAGUGGCCCGAAGCAGUCGGAUCCCUCGGCCAAGCGUGAGUCAGGGGUGCAGCCGGGAAGCCAGCCGGGAGAGCAGCAGGGACGCGAGUCCUGUGCGCUCUUUCCAGCCCCUUGCCUCCAGACACCACUCCAGAUCUACUGGUGCCCUCUACGCCCCCGAUGUGUAUGGGGUCUCAGGUCCGGGGUAUGGGAUCAGCCAAUCAAGCCGACUGUCAUCCUCGGUCAGUGCCAUGCGAGUCCUGAACACAGGUUCCGACGUGGAGGAGGCAGUGGCAGAUGCCUUGCUCUUAGGAGACAUACGGACUAAGAAAAAACCUGCUCGAAGAAGAUAUGAAUCAUAUGGGAUGCAUUCAGAUGAUGAUGCCAACAGUGAUGCAUCCAGUGCUUGUUCAGAACGCUCCUACAGCUCUCGGAAUGGUAGUAUUCCUACAUACAUGAGGCAGACAGAAGAUGUGGCAGAAGUCCUCAACAGAUGUGCUAGUUCCAACUGGUCAGAAAGGAAAGAAGGCCUCCUGGGUCUGCAGAACUUACUAAAAAAUCAGAGAACGCUAAGUCGAGUUGAACUGAAAAGAUUAUGUGAAAUUUUCACAAGAAUGUUUGCUGAUCCUCAUGGCAAGGUAUUCAGCAUGUUUUUGGAGACUCUAGUGGAUUUCAUACAAGUCCACAAAGACGAUCUUCAGGAUUGGUUGUUUGUACUGCUAACGCAACUACUUAAAAAAAUGGGUGCUGAUUUGCUUGGGUCUGUUCAAGCAAAAGUUCAGAAAGCCCUCGAUGUUACAAGAGAAUCUUUUCCAAAUGAUCUUCAGUUCAACAUUCUAAUGAGAUUUACAGUUGAUCAGACCCAAACACCAAGCUUGAAGGUGAAGGUUGCUAUCCUCAAAUACAUAGAAACUCUGGCCAAACAGAUGGAUCCAGGAGAUUUUGUAAAUUCCAGUGAAACUCGCCUGGCAGUGUCUCGGGUCAUCACUUGGACAACAGAACCCAAAAGUUCUGAUGUUCGGAAGGCAGCACAGUCAGUCCUGAUUUCCUUAUUUGAACUCAAUACCCCAGAGUUUACAAUGUUAUUAGGAGCUUUACCAAAAACUUUUCAGGAUGGUGCUACCAAACUUCUUCAUAAUCACCUUCGAAACACUGGCAAUGGAACCCAGGGUUCCAUGGGAAGUCCUUUGACAAGACCAGCACCACGGUCACCAGCCAACUGGUCCAGUCCUCUUACUUCUCCUACCAAUACAUCACAGAAUACUUUGUCUCCAAGUGCUUUUGAUUAUGACACGGAAAAUAUGAACUCUGAAGAUAUUUAUAGCUCUCUUAGAGGUGUCACUGAAGCAAUUCAGAGUUUCAGCUUCCGCAGUCAAGAAGAUAUGAAUGAACCAUUGAGAAGAGAUUCUAAAAAAGAUGAUGGCGAUUCAAUGUGUGGUGGUCCUGGGAUGUCUGACCCAAGAGCAGGAGGUGAUGCUACUGACUCAAGCCAAACAGCCCUUGAUAAUAAGGCUUCACUGCUCCAUUCGAUGCCUGCUCACUCCUCUCCACGCUCCCGAGACUAUAAUCCAUAUAACUAUUCAGAUAGCAUCAGUCCCUUCAACAAGUCUGCCCUCAAGGAGGCCAUGUUUGAUGACGAUGCUGACCAGUUUCCUGAUGAUCUUUCCCUAGACCAUUCUGACCUGGUUGCAGAGUUGUUGAAGGAGUUGUCUAACCAUAAUGAACGUGUAGAAGAAAGAAAAAUCGCCCUGUAUGAACUCAUGAAACUGACACAGGAAGAAUCUUUCAGUGUUUGGGAUGAACACUUCAAAACAAUAUUACUUUUAUUGCUUGAAACCCUUGGGGAUAAAGAGCCUACAAUCAGGGCUUUGGCAUUGAAAGUUUUAAGAGAAAUCCUAAGGCAUCAACCAGCAAGAUUUAAAAACUAUGCAGAAUUGACUGUCAUGAAAACACUGGAAGCACAUAAAGACCCUCAUAAGGAGGUGGUGAGAUCUGCUGAGGAGGCCGCAUCAGUGUUGGCCACUUCUAUCAGCCCGGAGCAGUGCAUCAAAGUGCUGUGUCCCAUCAUCCAGACUGCAGACUACCCCAUCAACCUGGCUGCCAUCAAAAUGCAAACAAAAGUGAUCGAGAGAGUGUCCAAGGAAACCCUUAACCUGCUUUUGCCAGAGAUCAUGCCAGGCCUAAUACAGGGCUAUGAUAAUUCGGAGAGCAGUGUUCGGAAAGCUUGUGUCUUCUGCCUGGUGGCUGUUCAUGCAGUAAUUGGUGAUGAACUAAAACCACAUCUCAGUCAGCUCACUGGCAGUAAAAUGAAGCUACUGAAUCUUUACAUCAAACGUGCACAGACAGGUUCUGGAGGAGUUGACCCCACUACUGAUGUUUCUGGACAAAGUUAG